CAGCGCCUGCGUGUUGUUUUUAGUUGCCAAUUCAACUUAGAGACGUUUGUUAUGGUGUCUGUUCGUACAGGAGUGCUGUUAACUUCGCUGUUAAGCUGAACUGUAGUCUAAUAUACACGGUUAUUCGGCCAUAGUAAGUGUGGCCUGCUGAAGGGUGAUGAAGUGGCGGAAGUGGGCUGAGUUCAGCGUGAAAUCUACACUCCUCUUUUCCGUGUCUGCACUUCAGUGUCGGUCCUCCUCUUCCUCGCGUCUCUGCGCGAUUCAGCGCGUGUCGGAGAGCCGCUGUUACAGUCACGCCGUGAUGGCUGAAGAGGCGAAGAAACUGGCCGCCUACGCUGCUGUGGACAACCACAUACAGAACAACCAGGUGGUGGGAGUGGGGAGCGGCUCCACCAUAGUCUAUGCUGUGGACAGACUGGCUGAGCGAGUAAGGCAGGAGAAGUUGAAAAUUGUGUGCAUUCCUACGUCGUUCCAGGCUCGUCAGCUGAUUCUGCAGCAUGGCCUGUCUCUGUCAGAUUUAGACAGACACCCAGACCUGGAUGUAGCAAUCGACGGAGCUGAUGAGGUGGAUGAUUCACUCACUCUUAUUAAAGGAGGCGGAGGAUGCUUGACUCAGGAGAAAAUUGUAGCUGGCUGUGCCAAACACUUCAUCGUCAUUGCUGACUACAGGAAGGACUCGAAGGCGCUGGGACAACAGUGGAAGAAAGGCGUGCCGGUUGAAGUGGUCCCUAUGGCGUACGUGCCCGUGUCCAGGGCCAUCACUCGGCGCUUUGGUGGGGAAGCUGUGCUGAGGAUGGCUAUCAGUAAAGCGGGCCCUGUGGUGACCGAUAACAGUAACUUCAUCCUCGACUGGAAGUUUGAGCAUGCUCAGAACUGGAAAGAGGUCAACACUGCCAUCAAAAUGAUCCCAGGUGUUGUGGAGACUGGCCUGUUUGUGGGAAUGGCUGAGAAAGUUUACUUUGGGAUGGAAGAUGGAAGUGUGAAGGUCAGAGAUGCUCCAGUGAUCUGAAGAGAAACAGCAAGCUCUGUCCUUUCCUGUCCUUGAAACCUCAAGUGCCAGUUCAGUGUGCGCACACACACACGCACACACACACACACACACACACACACAGCCAGCUCUUUGUGUAGUCUACUAGGAGUAGCAAGAGCCCCUGCUGGCGAUGCAGUACACCACUAGAACAUUCCUUAUAAUCUUGUAGGUUUGUGUAUGUGUUAUAUGAAAUUAUAUGAGGGUUUAGAUCAGGGGUGUCCAAUCUUAUCCAGAAAGGGCCGGUGUGGGUGCAGGUUUUCAUUCCAACCAAGCAGAAGCCACACCUGAGUCGAUUGAAACCUAAGCUCAACUGAUUAAACAGGUGGAAUCAGGUGUGGCUCCUGCUUGGUUGGAAUGAAAACCUGCACCCACACCGGCCCUUUGCUUUGCGGAUAAGUUCGAACACCCCUGGUUUAGAUGUUCUACACAUUCUUUAUUGUUUUCUCAGUAUUUCAUUGUUUUUUCAUCCUGUUGUUGUCACAGUUUGAGUAAAUGUUGAAUCAUCCUGGGCUUCGUUAAAGACGUAGUGCAGCCUGAACAACUAGAUAGAUUAAGCCCAGUCUAACUCAUCAUUAUUCACUGAAGACCUGGGAAAAUGCCUCUUUUGUGUUUCUCACACACUGAUCUCUGUGCCUCCUGCAUCCUUUCAGUCCUUUUCUCCAAGUUGUUGCCUAUUUUCAGUGUUACUUUUGUUGAAAUUUAACCAAAGCAUAAUAGCCAUCUGCUCAUAUAAAGUUAUGCUGCAGGUAAAUACUAUUUACUACAUAGUAAUACUAGUAUCAAUACACCAACAUGCAUGUGUUUACAAUUUCUGUUUUCUUUAGUUUUGUUCAGUUUGCAGUUUUCACGGUCGAAUCAUCGUCUGUAGAUUGUUGUGACUUAAAACUUUUUUGUU